AUAAACUCUGUCAUGAGUCAAACAACAAAAUGUGUUCCUAAUGAUGUGACCAGUGACUUCCGGGAAGAAUUUGUAAAUUAUAUUUUCGCCUUUUUAUUGUAUAUUUCGGACAGUUUUCAAAGGGAACAUCAGACAGGAGCUGACGUUGUUUCUCAAAGUUGGCGGGCGCCAAAGUUUUAUGCAUGCAAGACAAACCCAGGAAAUACUUUUUUUAAGCUAACUACACCUGUGCACUGAAAUUCGUCUUAAACUUACCGCUAGUGCUAACAAACAGGCAGCAGUGCUCCGAUAAAGUAACGGGGUGAACAGUGAAGGAGUGCAUCACCACAGAUGAGUAAGAUGAGGCACUUUGCUGAUGAAGAGAUCCUCAGACUCAGUCAGAAACCACCUGGCACUCGUGAAGAGCCUCCAGCUUUCUCAGACAUGAACGCUACCCCCAUGGCUAACGGCAUGAACCAGAGCAGUGUGGUGUGCUUCCCCUUGAUCUCUGAGAGUAGGAAGUUUGUGUGGGUGCAUUCACACCAGAUCGACUCACAGAUACACGGCGCUGCAGAGCUGGACAAGGCCUUUGAUAGGUUUCCCUACCUAACACACAGACAGACCGCCGAACUGGCAGAGAGUUGCCACCUGCAUCCUGACCAGGUGAAGGCGUGGUUCAUGGCACAGAGGCUCCACUACGGCAUCAGCUGGGACUAUGAAGACAUCCGUGAGGUCCAAAGGAAGUUCAACUCAAGUCAGGAAAAGAAGGAGCUUCAAGACGGGACGGAGAGAGAAGUAAUGGAGGACAGAAGAGAGAAGAGAAAGGUGAAAGCAACUGGUGGGAAUGCAAAGGGAAGAGGAGUGAGAGGAGACAGCGUAAAGGUUAAUGAGCAGUUGAAGAGAGACAUGAAGAAGGAGCAACCAGUGAAGGAGAAAAAAAGCAGCACGCAAAAGCGAAAAAGGACAACAGCAGCAGAAAAGAUGGGAAAGAAGAUCGUGAAGCGAGAUGAGGAGGAGAUGAUGGAUAAAGUGGAAAGUGGGGGAGAAAAAUGCCCCAAGUGUCGUGGCAGAAAAAGAAAAAAACCAAGAGUGAACAAAAGUUGCAUGCAAGAGGAGAGUAAUGCACCUCCGGCUCCCAGCUCUCUGCUCGGCCCCCAGGCUGAAACCCAAACUUCUGAUGCAUCUCCAGCGCCUGACAACCAGACACAUCUGCUGCAGAGAGCCGGCGAUCCCCGCUCCACCAUAGACGGCGACUUCAGGGGGAAAAAAGAAAUCAAGGGUGCAGAUCUGCAAGCAGAGCUGGACCACAGCGUUUUCAUCACUGACAUUGACAAACUGAAGGCCCUCAUCGAAGUGAAAAACAGCCCCUCUUCCGCCGACCCUGCAGCUACUACUCGGCUCCACUGCAAGACGCCGGCCCAGCUGGCGAUGAUGAAGAUGGCGUUCCUGCAAUGCCAGUACCCAGACAAGCAGCAGUACAGCCGGCUGGCAAGGCUGGUCGGUGUGCCACGCUUGGCGGUCGUUCAGUGGUUCUGCGACAUGCGCUAUUUCAUUAAGAGAGGGAGGCCUCGCUGGAUGAAUGAGGAGCAGCACCAUCAGGUACUGGGCAACAUCAUGUAUCAGCAGUACAUGAACACGAUGACUAAAGUAAAGUUGACCAAUAGCAUGAACUCCUGGAUUAUGAUGCUUGAAGGGAACAAAGGCUACAGCGAGGAGAAAAAUAUGAAGAUCCCUCCAGAGUAGAAAUAGCACAACAGCUCUUAUGGCUCAUAUAAAAAACACAGCUGGAUCGUUUUUUAGUUCCUCUGUUCUUCAGGCAGUUGUCAAGUUGUUUAUCAAGCUCCCAUGUUAGACAGACCCCGUUUCCAUUUUUUCCUGCUGUUUUAGUUAGUGUGUUCAAAAGAUCCUCAUUUGGAUUGUAGGUGCAGUUUUAGUCUGUUUAUGCUGUGCAGCUGUUUUCACUGUUUUAAUAAAAGCACUUUUAUUGCUCUUCCAGCAGGACUCAGCUGAUUAGUUACAGCAAAACACUUACGAAUUAUUCCUCAGUGCAUACAUAAAACACAGGGAUGUUUGAAAGAAGACACAUGUUUCAGGUCAAAAUAAAAAUCCCCACCAGCAUGUAAUCCACACUAAAUUACACCAACACCGAAGAGUUUAAAACAGUGGUGUCAAACAUAAGGCCCGGGGCCCAGAAUCGGCCUGAUAAAGACUCCAAUCCUGGCUGGACUGCUUAAGAAACUGUGAAGGAGAGUGUCGAUUUUGGACUUUUCACUAAAUUUUACAUAUUUUCCUACUAAGAGCUCUCUCAGGUCAUUCAUACUAAACCAAAGUAAUUAAGUAAUAGCUAAAUGACAGAGAAGGUUUUUUUCACCACUGUAUACAUUUCUUUCCUUUUCUGCUAAUUAACAACAUUUUUUUUAGGUUAGGUUCAGUUUUAUAUCUAAAGACAAUCUGGAAAAUGAGCUACCAGAAGUUUCUCUGUUAUUUUACACUUUUAUUUCUUACAGUUUAAACCCAAAGAGCACUUCUUUUUAUGAUAAUAACAUACUAUGUCCAGGAUUAAAUGUGCAGUUAAACCUCAGUGCAGGAGUUUUACUGGUCUGCCCCUGCUGUGAAAGAUAUUAAGUGGAUAAUAUUUCACAAUUAGCCAGCUAUCUUGCUAAACCUCGCUUUGUUAGAGGCAAAAAAGCAUUAAAAAUCUACUUUAAACCUGAAAUAUGAUUACAAAAAUACGACAUCUAUUCAUACAAUUACAUUUAAUAUUUACAGGUGUUCCUCUUAACAAGCUGCUUUCUUUUCCCUCUUCUUAAGGAGGUAAAGCAUAAUUUUCCAAUACUGUAGGUACUGAAGGGUGAGAGGCUCUCAAACAGGUCCAGCAGUCACAUGAUAAAAGACCUCAUUACUUUAGGUUGCAUGUAAA